AUGAAGCAAUCUUUGAUAGCUUCCCUUGCGGCUCUCGCAGCCUGUUCCGGAGUUCAAGCUGCUGAUAGCUUGAUUAACGUCCCCGUUAAUCUCUGCGCCGCCAUCCUUGGACAAGCCGCUUGCGACCAGAAGACUGUCACCAACGGCUUGAUCAGCGUGCCUGUUAACGCAUGUGUCGCUGUUCUUGGACAAGCCAAGUGUGACCAGGUCUCUUCCUCUUUGACCAAACGUGGCGGUUCUCUGAUUAGCGUGCCGGUUAAUCUGUGCGCGGCCAUUCUUGGAGAAGCUGAAUGCAAACAGAAGACCACCAGUGGUGGUGGUUUGAUCGACGUGCCUGUUAACGCGUGUGUGGCAGUUCUUGGACAGGCCAAGUGCGACCAGAUUGCUUCCACCACUGGCAGCGGCGAGGGAUCUCUGAUUAGCGUACCCGUUAAUCUUUGCGCAGCCAUCCUUGGCGAGGCCGAGUGCAAGCAGAAGGCCACCACUGCUGGCGGUUUGAUUGACGUGCCUGUGAAUGUAUGUGCGGCAGUCCUCGGACAGGCCAAGUGUGACCAGAUCGCUGGUACUGGUACUGGUACUGGUACUGGUGGCGGCAGCGGUGGUGACAGCGGUGAUGGUUCCCUGAUUAGCGUCCCCGUUGGACUAUGCGCUGCUAUCCUUGGCGAGGCUGAGUGCAAGCAGCAAACUGCAACCCCGGGUGGUUUGAUCAACGUGCCUGUUAACGCCUGUCUUGCCGUCCUUGGAAAAGCUAAGUGUGACCAGGCCUCUUCCAGCAGCGGCGAGGGUUCUCUGAUCAAUGUUCCCAUCAAUGUUUGCCUGGCUGUGCUUGGUGAGGCUCACUGCCACCAGAGCUCUGACUCUAAUGGCGGUCUGAUCAACAUCCCUAUCGAUCUGUGCUUGGCCGUGUUGGGAGAGGCUGAGUGCCAUGAUGGUUCAUCCACUCCUCCCCCAGCUGUAACUACCACCCCUACUGGCCCCGGCGUUGUUCCUGGCGAGACCACCACCCCUGGUGGUCCAGGUGUUGUCCCCGGUGAGACCACCCCUGCUGGCCCUGGUGUUCCCGGCGAGACUGCUACUCCUGUUGUCCCUGGCGUUGUUCCCGGCGAGUCGUCCGUCCCUUGCCCCGAGUCCACCGCCCCGGCCGGAACUAUCCCUGGAGGACCUGAUGCUGGUUUGCCUUCUGGUGGUGCCUCUGGCUCCGUUCCAGGCUCGCCUGCAUACACCCAUGGUCCUUCCCUCACUGUGGGACGCCCAUCUCAAACCGGCGCUUUCACCCGCGUCACUCCCUCCUUCACCAAUGUCGUCACUGCCUGCAAUGCUGCCUGCCAUGCAUCCAAGACUUCAGCUGGCCUGGUGGCUCACACAUCCCCUGUCUCUGGAGGUCACGGCAGCGGUCCCCACCCCAUCCCCAACCCCAGCACCAUUCCGUUCAACGCGGCCGGCCGCGCAACUCUGUCCGGCUUUGCCGUGAUAUUCGGGGCCCUCUGCGCUAUUGCCAUGCAGAUCUAA